AAAAAUACUUUAAUUUCAAGCUUAAUAUUUACUUUAAAAGCCAUGGAUAGUGUGCAAGAACGAAGAGAUCUUUUAAAAUUCCUUGAUGUGUUAAGUAAUCGACUGAUUGCUAUGGAAAAUAUGCUGCAAGAAAUGGCUGAAUCUAAUGCGAGACUUCAUCAGCGCAUAGACCAAUUAGAGGAGGAAAACAGAAAAUUGAGAAAAAUUAUCGACGAUAGCGGAUCAUCAUUUUGGAAGGAUCUUUGGCAUGGUUUAAAGUCACUAGGUGCAUCAUUGGUCACUGGCAUAGUUGGAGGAGUUGUCGGAAAAGUCGUCAAUGGAGUCAAGAAAUUGUGUGGAUGAAUGCAUCAAAUGAUCAAAAUAAGAAAUAUUUUAGUAGAAUGGAUGAACAAAAUAUUUACUU